AUGGCGUACAAUUCGCAACUUCAAAGGUUCCACUGCUUUCUUUGUUACGUUCGUUAUGUGUACAAAUCUGCGAAACAGCUAAAACUUCGCUUGUGUAACGACACAGAUUUAGUUCUAGAGUAUAUCACCUUCUUAGAGGACAAUCGGAAUUUAAAACCUUCCACAUUAAGUAGAAUAAUAAGUGUUCUUAUCGACAUCGUAAAACGUAAUUAUGGUAGAAAUAGCGUCGAUCACAGCACUUUGCCAGAGAUAAUAUUUCCACGGCGCUUACAAAGUCAACUUGAGCAAGAGAACCGACUCUUGUCUGAAAAAUGUAAAGAAGGUAUGUCAAAGCAAGCGCGUACGUUUUACCACGCUAACAUCUUGGACGCACUAAAAAGCUUGCGUUGCAAGUUCGAAGAAUGUUCAUGUCCUCAACAGGUUCGACACCUGCAUGA